CGACAACAACAACAACGACAACAACAGCAACAACGACCAGGUGAACGAAACGGCAAUGGGCAACGACAAAUGGAAUGGAACGACUAUAGAAAUCAACCAAGAUAUAAUAGUACAAAGUCUUAUUUAUCCUCUACAGCCAAAGGAGAUCGUAGGAAUAAUUCAACUCAACAGGAUCAAAACACCUUUCGGAAUGGUGAUGAUCAAUUGGUGGUAGCUCCUUCCAAGGCAACUACAUCUAAUACGAAGGGUGAUGAUCUUUGCAAAAGCAUGGAAGCAUUGUCAACAAAGGACGAAUCGAGCACUAUCGACGACAACACAUCUAUAUUGGAAUGUAUGGGAAAGUCUAUCAAAAUGGUGACAUUACAGGACAUGUUUGAAAAAUAUGAAUACAUGCGUGGAGGCUGUAAUUUACAACUCAUUGAUGAAACGAAAGCAUUGGUGGUGUUUGGUCAUCCAUCAACAGCAAAACGAGCGUGGGAAGAGAAUAAAGAUAAUGGUGUCAUUAGUAUUCAAGGGUAUCAAGGUCCAAUGGAUAUCGUGAAAGAUCCUACUCCAGUGAGGAAAAGUAUGAUUAAUCAACGGACCAGGCCUUCCAAUCCAGCUGCACAAAGGUUUAUUCAUGGAGCAUUGGGAUUGAAAUCACCAGCAAGAAAGAUAGAACGACAAUGAUAUCCAUCUUAAUGGAUAUUUUAUUAUUUCUAGAAUAUUUCAUACAACUUUGUUUUAUGAAUAAAAUUAUUACUUUUAUCUAUAAA